CCAUAUCUUGUGUAGUAAACAAGACAUGGCGGAGUGGGUGAAAGAAAUAGACGAAGACGGAAACAUUUUGCAAACAAAGAAGUACGAUGGGAAGUACUAUGUCAGUCAUUUUAUUGGCAAUAUUAAGGACCAUCUGUCUGCAAUAGAGGAAAUGGAAGUCAGAGAUGAUGACACAUUUUUAUUGUCCUACCCAAAAUCAGGCACACACUGGGUUUUUACUAUAGCCAGUAUGUUACGAACCAGAGACACAGCCUAUCAUGGAUCACCUAUGUUUAUGGACUUUAAUGAAAUGGAAACAUUAAACAAUAUGCCAUCUCCCCGAAUACUAGCCACCCACAUGACUUUUGAUCGUCUACCUCGGCAAGCCAGAGAAGGAAAAGGAAAGAUACUUGUUGCACUUCGAAACCCAAAGGACGUCGCAGUAUCCCUGCAUACAUUCGUCAAGAAGCUAGACUAUUCUGACGUCAUCGCAACUUGGGACGGACUCCUAAAAUUCUACGUUGAAGGAAAAAUGGUAUAUGGCUCCUGGUUUGAAAAUAUACAGGCUUGGGACAAAACCAAGAAGGAAUACAAGGGAGAUAAUUUAAUGUUUCUCAUCUACGAAGAACUCAAAAAGGAUUUACACUCACACGUUAAGAAGAUAGAUGCGUUCCUUGAAACCAAUACCGGAGAGGAUUAUGUAGAUUUGGUGACACAUAAAUGUACAUUCAAGAAUAUGGCUGUAGAAGCAACGAAUUCAUUCAAGCCAUCUGAUCAGUGGAAGACUGCCACAACCAGUAAAACACUACCGAUUUACAGGAAAGGUGAAAUAGGUGAUUGGAAAAACCAUUUCACAGUUGCUCAAAAUGAAUCCUUCGACAAAAUAUAUGAAGACAAAAUGAAAAAUUCCAGUUUUCAUUUUAUGUUUGAGUAAUAAACAUAUAAUAUCGAGAUUGUGUUAACAGCUCUAAAAUCGUCCUAGAAUAAAUAAACUUUAACUCUCAAGUAAUUUACUAGAAUACCAUUUCAUUGUAAUUUAUCAAUAUUCAAGCUGUGUUAUAACCUGAAGUACCUUGAUAGGAGUGUUGAGAUGUGACAUGGUCGCGAUAAAUCAAUUCAUAUAGGUGUGAAAGACGUAAACACCAGGUGAAACUGAUUCCAAAAUAUCAGCAAAGCUUCACAAUGUAUAACGUUUAAUUUAACAAACUCGAAUUAACACCAGACAAAGGUAAGACAACUCUGGUCUGAAUGAAGAUUUGUCGGUCAUUUUCUUUUGAAUAAAAAUUUUAAUGUUACCUCCACA